CUCGUGAAACAAACAAGUAGAAUCUGAAAGUUAUAUAUUUUAAACGUGCGAAUAAAGUCGACGCAGUGUGUUUUAAUGUACGUAUUAUCAUGGAACCGACAAACCAGUGCCACUGCUGCCUGCAGCGGCCUUCGGCGAAAGAUUUGAGGACGCCGUACACUCGUCACGGCAUUACGGAGAUAUACUCGUUCAUGAUUGAAGAAUGCUUCGUGAUCAAACUGGCAUCAAGCAAUGAGGAGCAGAGUGGCAUCUGCGGGGAGUGUGAGAGGCGCCUGCGGGAGGCGAGCUCCUUCAAGGUGCAGGUGCAGCGCUGCCAGGCCGAGCUGCGUCAGAGGCUCCAGGCAGCACUGAGAGCCAAAGAGGAGAAAGCCUUGGAUGAACACCUUGAAGAUGACAUGAGCAGCGAUGUUCCCGAGCCUUCUUUGCCUCCGGGCGAGAAGAGCCCCGCCCCGCCUUGUAAAGAGGAGCCGCGAGACGAAUAUCUGUCACCUCCAGACGACGAGAGCCAGGGACCGCCUUGUAAAGAGGAGCCGCGAGACGGAUUUUUGUCACCUGGCGAGUACGAAGUUGACACAGCGCCUCUGACCUCGCGAGCUGUUCAGCAGCUCUCGUUGGGGUGUUCCGUGAAGGUGGAGCGCCUCAGCGACUCGCCGCUCGCGAGCAAGCCGUGCCCCGUGACGUCACACCGCGAGAGCGACGAACAAGCCUACACACACGAUACUCGCCCCACACACGACUCUAGUUUGAACACACACAAACAGGAAAAUAUCACACCAGUAACGAAUACCGAAGUGUACUGUUGCGACAUGUGCGCUCACCUAUGCACGUCAAAACUUACUCUAAUCCGCCAUAUCAGAACACAUACUCACCCGGAGGGAAGGCACACCUGCGGAGCUUGUAAAGAAACAUUUCCUAGUGUCUUGUCAGUGAAGAAGCAUCUAAGGUUGCACUCUACAGACAAACCCUGCGUUUGUGAAGAAUGCAAUAAGCGAUUUUCAACUGAAAAAGAUCUGGAUUCACAUAAAAGAAAGAAAUGUAACAGAAAAUUCACUCGAAAAGUAUCGGUAGGUCGCCGUGAAAAUAGUGUGAUGAAAUCAUGCCAAUGUAAAGUAUGUAACAAAGAAUUUACUUGUAAAAGUUCUUUAGUUGUCCAUGAAAGAAUCCAUAGUGGAAUAAAACCGUACAAAUGUAAAGUAUGUAACAAACAAUUCACUUAUAAAAAAUAUUUAGUUCGCCAUGAAAUAAUCCAUAGUGGAAUAAAACCAUACAAAUGUAAAGUAUGUAACAAAGAAUUUAUAGCAAAAGCUAAAUUAGUUGUCCAUGAAAGAAUCCAUAGUGGAAUAAAACCGUACAAAUGUAAAGAAUGUAACAAAGAAUUUAGUGAAAAAUAUAAAUUAGGUGUCCAUGAAAGAAUCCAUAGUGGAAUAAAACCAUACAAAUGUAAAGAAUGUAACAAAGAAUUUAGUGAAAAAUCUAAAUUAGUUGUCCAUGAAAGAAUCCAUAGUGGAAUAAAACCGUACAAAUGUAAAGAAUGUAACAAAGAAUUUAGAGAAAAAUAUAAAUUAGUUGUUCAUGAAAGAGUCCAUAGUGGAAUAAAACCAUACAAAUGUAAAGAAUGUAACAAAGAAUUUAGAGAAAAAUCUAUAUUUGUUGCCCAUGAAAGAAUCCAUAGUGGAACAAAACAAUACAAAUGUAAAGUAUGUAACAAACAAUUCACUUAUAAAAAGUCUUUAGUUGCCCAUGACAUAAUCCACAGUGGAAUAAAACCAUACAAAUGUAAAGUAUGUAACAAACAAUUCACUUAUAAAAGGUCUUUAGCUGUCCAUGAAAGAAUCCAUAGUCUAAUAAAACCGUACAAAUGUAAAGAAUGUGACAAAGAAUUCAAACAAAAAUCUAAUUUAGUUGUCCAUGAAAGAAUCCAUAGUGGAACAAAACCAUACAAAUGUAAAGUAUGUAACAAACAAUUCAGUUAUAAAAGGUCUUUAGUUGCCCAUGACAGAAUCCAUAGUGGAAUAAAACCGUACAAAUGUAAAGAAUGUAACAAAGAAUUCACUUAUAAAAAUUAUUUAGUUGUCCAUGAAAGAAUCCAUAGUGGAAUAAAACCAUAUAAAUGUAAAGUAUGUAACAAAGAAUUCACUUAUAAAAGUUCUUUAGUUGCCCAUGACAGAAUCCAUAGUGGAAUAAAACCAUAUAAAUGUAAAGUAUGUAACAAAGAAUUCACUUAUAAAAAGUCUUUAGUUGCCCAUGACAGAAUCCAUAGUGGAAUAAAACCGUACAAAUGUAAAGUAUAGUAACAAACAAUUCACUUAUAAAAGUUCUUUAGUUGUCCAUGAAAGAAUCCAUAGUGGAAUAAAACCGUACAAAUUUAAAGAAUGUAACAAAGAAUUCACUUGUAAAAAAUAUUUAUUUAGCCACGAAAUAAUUCACAGUGGAAUAAAACCAUACAAAUGUAAAGAAUGUAACAAAGAAUUCACUCGUAAAAAAUAUUUAGUUAGCCACGAAAGAAUUCACAGUGAAAUACAACCACACAAAUGUAAAGACUGUAACAAAGGUAUCAGUUGUAAUUGUCAUUUACUUUCCCAAGAAAAAAUCCACAGUGACCAUACAUAUGCAAAAAAAUCAUUUAUUUAUUUAUUUAUUUAGGGUCAACAACAGAAAUUAAAUAAAAUAGGCAAAAUAGUAGUACAGCAAUAGAAAAAAAAAACAAAAAUAAAGGUACUUAAUAUGCAACAUCAUUUAAACAUGUUUUUAAACAUAAAAAACACAUUAACAUUCAUUAAUUUAAAGAUAGAUGUUGGCCCAAUCAGGCCAACUAGCACCAACCACUUAACUCAGGGUUAGUGGGCUGUCAUCUGUCAAAUUCCAUAUAAAAUGGUGGGUUAACCCGAGGGUUAACCCUCCCUUUUCGUUGGUGCAAGUGGCCCUUAUAGGUAAUCACAUCUUAUUCCAGUAUCUUUGGAAGUUUGGACUAACAGACGUACAGUAAGACUUUUAGACAAACUAUGAAUACAUGUAAGUGUGCACUGAAAACGUUCCACUUUGUCGAUGGCUCUAAAGCCGCUUUGCCAGUUUAUUCAUAUAAAGAUACAAGUAAAUCUCGCCUUAAUGGUAACCGACAAAGUGGGACGUUUUACUAUACACACUCACAUAUUAGAUUUAGUAAAAAAUAAAAAUGGUUGAAUCGAACAUUAAUUACUUACUAGGCUAAUAUCGAAUUUGGCACAAUAAAUGAUUGUCUUCUGUAGUAUUUGACAUAAAAAACAAUAUUUAUAGAUUUUGGGUAUUAAAAGUGUAUGAUGACUACGUAUUUUCGAUUAAAAUUGUGUAAUUUUUAUAUAUUUUGACCACCGAAAACGCUGUCAGCGAUAUAGUGACAUCAUCAAAUUCGAACCUUUGCUGCAUAUCAAACAAUCACUGACAUAUUGAACUUUACCUUUUUUCUUUUCUGUAAUAAUAAGCGCCACGGUGUUUUCAGUCAAAGGAAAUAGUAAAUCCGAUGUACUUAGGAUAUGUUUAGGAAACGUAACGAUAGAGGGCGUGAAAAACAAUUAUAUGCCGUAGUGCAAGUUGUUCGCUAGAUGUCACUGUUAUCCCCGCAAACUGGGUAAUGACUUGUCGUAAAAUGUAACAUAAUAGCCUAAGAACGGUGCGAUAUUUUUGAAAAUAAUUCUACAACAGUAGUUUUUUUUCAUAUACAGCGUUUAAUCGCAAUUUAAAAAACCUAUAUUUUCGAAUCCACCAAUAGUUUGGAAUGGAAGAUAUUAAA